UGGGAAGCCGCCGCCAUGUCCAAGGUAACGGCGCCCGGGCCCGGGCCCGGGCCGGCGGCGGCGGGCGGGAAGGAGAAACGCUCCUUCAGCAAGCGGCUGUUCCGGAGUGGCCGCGCGGGCGGCGGCGGCGCGGGGGGCCCCGGGGCGCCCGGGCCGGCCGCGCCCUCGUCGCCGUCGUCGGCGCGCUCGGUGGGCAGCUUCAUGAGCCGCGUCCUCAAGACGCUGUCCACGCUCUCCCAUCUCAGCUCCGAGGGCGCCGGCCCGGACCGCGGCGGCCUCCGCGGCUGCUUCCCGCCCGGGCCGCCCGCCGCGCCCGCGCCGCCGCCCUGCCCGCCGCCCGCCGCGCCCGCCCCGGCGCCCGCGCCGCCCGCCUGCGCCGGCGACCCGGUGCCCGGGGUGGCGGGGCUCCGGAACCACGGCAACACGUGCUUCAUGAACGCCACGCUGCAGUGUCUGAGCAACACCGAGCUCUUCGCCGAGUACCUGGCGCUCGGCCAGUACCGCGGCGGCCGGCCCGACCCGGACCCCGACCCCGACCCCGACCCGGAGCCGCCCGCCGGCCGCGGCGCCGGCGAGGUCACGGAGCAGCUGGCGCAUCUGGUGCGCGCCCUCUGGACGCUGGAGUACACGCCGCAGCACAGCCGCGACUUCAAGAGCAUUGUGUCAAAGAACGCACUGCAGUACCGGGGCAAUUCCCAGCACGACGCCCAGGAGUUUCUGCUGUGGCUUCUGGACCGAGUUCACGAGGACCUCAAUCACGCGGUGCUGCAGAGCGGCCAGCCCCCGGUGAAGCCACCGUCAGAGAUGGACAUGAUGCCCGAGGGACCAUCUUUUCCUGUCUGUAGCACUUUCGUACAGGAACUUUUUCAAGCCCAGUACAGAUCUUCCUUGACGUGUCCUCAUUGUCAGAAGCAGAGCAACACGUUCGACCCUUUCCUCUGCAUUUCUUUGCCAAUUCCUCUGCCCCACACAAGGCCUCUCUAUGUCACCGUAGUGUAUCAAGGGAAGUGUUCUCACUGCAUGAGGAUUGGCGUGGCCGUGCCUCUGUCUGGGACUGUUGCCAGACUUCGGGAAGCAGUUUCUAUGGAGACAAAGAUCCCCACUGAUCAGAUCGUGUUAACAGAAAUGUACUACGAUGGGUUCCAUCGUUCCUUUUGUGACACAGACGACCUGGAAACAGUCCACGAAAGCGACUGCAUUUUUGCCUUUGAGACUCCCGAAAUAUUCAGGCCUGAAGGAAUCCUCAGUCAGAGGGGAAUCCACUUAAACAGCAAUCUGAACCACUUAAAAUUUGGCUUGGACCAUCACAGACUGUCCUCUGCUACCCAAACUGCGGCAAAGCACGGGCGAGCGGACGUGCCACCGGCAAGAGCAGGUGACAGGAUUGUCCUGCUGGUGUGUAACCGUGCCUGCAGCGGGCAGCAGGGGAAAAGGUUUGGCCUGCCCUUUGUGCUGCACUUAGAGAAGACAGUGGCCUGGGACCUUCUGCAGAAGGAAAUCCUGGAGAAGAUGAAGUAUUUCUUGAGGCCCACAGUUUGCAUUCAGGUGUGUCCGUUCAGCUUGCGGGUGGUCAGUGUGGUGGGAAUAACGUACUUGCUGCCCCAGGAAGAACAGCCUCUGUGCCACCCGACGGUAGAAAGGGCAUUAAAGUCUUGUGGACCCGGUGGCACUGCUCACGUGAAAUUAGUGGUGGAAUGGGACAAGGAGACAAAAGAUUUCUUGUUUGUCAGCACUGAGGACGAGUACAUCCCGGAUGCGGAAAGCGUGCGCCUGCAGAAGGCGCGCCAUCAGCAGCCUCAGACCUGCACGUUGUCCCAGUGUUUCCAGCUCUACACCAAAGAGGAGCGGCUCGCGCCCGACGACGCCUGGCGCUGCCCGCACUGCAAGCAGCUGCAGCAGGGGAGCAUCACGCUGAGCCUGUGGACGCUGCCCGACGUGCUCAUCAUCCACCUGAAGCGCUUCCGGCAGGAUGGAGACAGGCGCAUGAAACUCGAGAACAUGGUCAAGUUCCCCUUGACCGGCCUGGACAUGACGCCUCACGUGGUUAAGAGGAGCCAGAGCAGCUGGAGCUUGCCCUCGCACUGGUCUCCGUGGCGACGGCCUUACGGACUCGGGAGGGCCCCAGAAGACUACGUGUAUGACCUGUAUGCGGUGUGCAACCAUCACGGCACCAUGCAAGGGGGACACUACACAGCCUAUUGUAAGAACUCCGUGGACGGUCUCUGGUACUGCUUCGACGACAGCGACGUGCAGCAGCUGUCGGAAGAUGAGGUCUGCACGCAGACGGCCUACAUCCUGUUCUACCAGAGGCGGACAGCCAUCCCGUCCUGGUCGGCCAACAGCUCGGUGGCAGGCUCCACGAGUUCUUCGCUGUGCGAGCACUGGGUGAGCCGGCUCCCGGGGAGCAAGCAAGCCAGCGUGACCUCUGCGGCGUCCUCCAGACGCACCUCCCUGGCCUCGCUGUCUGAGUCCGUGGAGAUGACCGGGGAAAGGAGUGAAGACGACGGAGGUUUCUCAGCUCGACCAUUUGUGAGAAGUGUCCAGCGUCAGAGCUUGUCAUCCAGGUCUUCUGUCACCAGCCCCUUGGCCGUCACUGAAAGUUGCAUCCGACCUUCUUGGUCCCUGUCUGCUAAGCUGCAGCUGCGGUCCAGCUCUCCUUCCCGGUUCUCAGGAGACUCCCCGAUUCACAGCUCCGCCUCCACCUUGGAGAAGAUCGGGGAGGCAGUGGACGACAAGGUCUCCGUCUCUUGCUUCGGUAGCUUGAGGAACCUUUCGAGCAGUUUCCAGGAACCAGGCGAUAGUCACAGUCGCCGGGAGCACAGGGCUAUGGGUCGGGCCCCUCUGGCUGUCAUGGAAGGCGCGUUCAAAGACGAGUCAGACGCCCGCAAAUUGAACUCCAGUGCUGCAGACACACAGAGCAAACACCCAGCACAAGGGGACCGCUUGCCCCCCGUCUCUGAUCCAUUUGAUAACAAUAACCAGAUUGCUUAUGUGGAUCAGAGCGACUCUGUAGACAGCUCUCCAGUCAAAGAGGUGAAACCCCCGAGCCACCCAGGCUCCCUCCCAAGGAAACCCGAGAGCACAGCCCAGAGAGCCCCCAGCUCCAGAGGCGCAUCGGAGCCAGAUGGAAGCUCGCGGAAGGGGCGGUCCGUCUUGGCCAGCCAGGAAUCAUCUCUCUCAAGUCCAUCCCCUUCUUCUCCUGUUUCUGGAAACAUUUCUGUAAAGCCGCCCCGCACCCGAAGCAGAGCGGAGUCUGCCAGGGCCGGUGGGCGGCACUCCUCCCCGGCCCGGCCCAGGAAGGAGUCGUCCUCCUCGGCGCAGAGCCCAACACCCUCCCCGUCCCCCCAGAAGCCCAAGCCAGCUUCUUCCCUCACUUACACUGCUUCCUCCACAACUGCCAAAAAGGCCUCGGGUCCUGCCACGAGGGGCCCCUUCCCACCCGGGAAGGGCAGGACUUCAGACCGGAGCUUAAGCAGAGAAGGUUCCAGACAAAGCCUGCUUUCGGACAGAGCCAGUGUCAGCUCCAGCUCCAAACCCAGCUCCCCGCGGGUGAGCCAGGCCAGGGCAGGGGAGGUCCGAGGGGACGGAAGGCACGUCAGGAGCUCCUCGAUGGCCAGCCUGCGCUCCCCCAACACGAGCACGAAGGCUGCUCUGAAGAGGGACAGCAAGUCGGAGGAAAAAGGACUGUCCUUCUUCAAGUCGGCCUUGCGACAGAAGGAGACCCGGAGGUCCACUGACCUUGGCAAGACGACCUUGCUCGCUAAGAAGGCCGGCGGGAGUUCUGUCAGGUCAGUCUGCAGGAACGCCGGGGACGACACAGCAGAGAAAGGCCAGCAGCCUCCAGGUUGCCAGCAGCCAAAGGCAAGUACACCUGCGAAAGAGCAGCUUGUGUCCAAGGACCCUGCUUCUGCGAGACAUUCCCUGCUGGCCAGUCGCAAGGCCAAGGGCUCCCAGCUCGGCUCUGGGACACCCUCGUCUCCUGCUGGCGGGCCGUCCAACGAGAAACCCUCCAAAAAGUUACCUGCGAGCAUGCCAGCCUCUGCACGGCCUUCUCAGAAACCUCAGUGACACCUCCGCACUCCCAGUGUUUUGUCUGUAAAGGUGUUUAUUUAUUUAGAACCCUCUCCCUCCCACCAAAGCCCUCUGCUUUGUUUUGUAUUUUUUAGGUUCCGUGCCUGACUGUGUGUGUAUGUGUGGGGGUGAGCUAUGUGCGCACGUGUGCAGAAUUCAAUUGCAAAUUGUUCAAAGCGUCGCCUUAUUCUGCCAUUGAACCAAAUAACAGCCAUAGGCAAAGCUGCGAUACCUAGCUAACUGGAAAAAUUAUAGACGAUACCCUGGACGGUCCCUUUAGCAACUGUACAUAUUUCUUUCUAGAGAACUUCCAUGACUUCUGUUGGAUACUGGGGUUUCUAAACCUGUGAACCAGUUAAGCUAUCAUUAGUGUGCUCUGUAGAAGGAUGAAUUAUUUGACUUGGGUUUCAUCUGAGCAGAAUUUGUCCUCCCUGCAGAUUGUCAUGUGGCACCAGGAGUUCUAAAAACUGUGACACUAACAAUGAAACAAACCGAGAGAAAACUUGCUUUCUGCACUUUGGUCCCAUCUGCCAGUCUUUGUAAAGGGCAAUAUUUUAACACUAAUGUUUCUCAGGUAUAUACUCAGCUAGUGUAGGACGGAUGUGUACCAGUAAAAGGAUUAAAGGGGAAGGUGGCCUGUCAUGACUGUCAUUUCUCCUACUGCCUCAGAUGAAAGUUUUUAGAGGUAGAAAUGAAGUCUUUUACCACAUUCAUAUCUGCAAAGAUGUAUGUCCUGGAAGCCGUCUUGAUGCUUGGUGCGUGUCCCAAGAGAUGGCAAGUUGGAUAGCCAGAAAGCCAGACACUAGUAGUAAAAUAUGUUUUCCUUCUAAAUUUGUUAGCUAAGACCGUUGGGAUGUCGUAGAGCAGUUACCACCUUUGAAAGAUUCCCGAAAAAAAUGGAUUCUCAGCUGGAUGCGUGAAUCUGUACCGUUUUGUCCUCCUCUGGUGUUGCUUUCUUCUAUGUUAGAAGUUGAAAGCUCCGUGCCCCUCGCCCCCACCCGCCCCUGUCCCCGUGUGCAUCCCAUUUUCCUUGUCUUGUAACUUGGAGGAGAAAGAAGUUGCCCAAUGCCAAAAGCCGGUGGUGGUGGGAGUGAUGGGUAACCAAGUGUCACACGCACGCUUCCGGUCCUGCCUGUCCAGCUCAGUUAGGACUGCUUUUCAGGAACUCACUGAUUUCUUCUUUGUGCUUGAGAGUUACUCUACCAGAGCUCGACCAGCAGGAUUGGAGGCUGUUCCACCUGGCACUGUCCGUGCAAAUUGCAUUUCUUGUUUAGGAAAAAAGGGAACCUCACAAAAAUCUCACAGAUAAGCCAGAUACAUAGUUUUUCAAGCUUGGUGGAGGUAUCCUGGCAAUUUUUAGCUUUUCCCGAACCCUUUUUCUAUUUUUAUUUUUUUAAAUGUCGAGAGUCAUGGUUCUGAUUCUCUUUGAAUAGCAUUUGUCACUUUGCCAUGAAAUAUAGCAUGCUAAGUUUAUAUGCUUUUAAAUAUUAACUUUUCUGUUUGAAUCAUAGGCUCCUCAAGUUUUUCCUGAACUCUUGGUGUACAUACCCAUUUAUAAUCCCCCUUCUCAGUAUGGCUGUGUGAGAGGUGACUAGACCACAUACACGUGCAUUGCUGGGGAUUCUGCACUGCCUUUUUUUUUUUUCCCCCAUGAAUACCUCUUGGGAAACGUUCCCAGUAGGUGACUUAUCUUAAUUUUGCUGCUAACUUGAGCAUUAGCAGGUAACUUGCAAGCCUGGAGGCCAUAUAUGUUGAGGGUAGCUGGAACUUUCGACCCUCGUGAUAUUUAAGAACUUAGGUAUUCAGCUUCGUGAGCCUUACCAUAGCGCUCCGCGAAGUGUCCUGAACACAACCCAUCCCCCUUUGCACUCGGCGCUGCCUUGCUUUCACUGUGCAGGCGUCUGGUUCGCCAAAGCAGCGCCGCUGUCUCUGUGGUGGGACUGCCAGUGACCGGCCGCCUGCUGGGACGGCUUCUCCACGGCACAUCAACAGCCCGCCCAGUGUUCGGCCGCUGCUGUGUUUCUGUAGCACUUUGAUUUCCUGGAACAGAUGCUGCACAUGUGGCGUCAUCAACAUCAGGAAUUCAGUGUUUGUCUCCUUUGAACCUGUCAUCUUUCUUUUAUAGGCAAAGCGCAUUUGAAAUCCGUCUGCAGCUCUGCGAACUCUUAGAAUGAUAGUUUUGACUACACAAAUGGUUUUGAUAACACCUUCUGGAGGGGGGUUCCAGUCAGUUAAGCGUUACUAGAAACUAGUUUAAUUUUCACAGUGCUAAAUAUUUUUAUUCUUGACUGCUCCAGGAAUGGAUUUUCUAUUUUGUCUAGUGUCUUCAAAACAAAACAAAACAAAAAAACAACCAACUACAAACACCUUUAAUUUUCCAUGGGAUCUAGAAAUAAAAUUUCAGUAUCUAUAAACCGUAUGUCUAUGGAGUUUAGUCCUUGUUUUAGAUUUACAUGGAAAAAAUCAAGUAGUGCGGCAUUGUCCGUCAUCUGGAACCGAUUAUAUCUCUGUGCUUGGUAAACUUUGAAAAUUUUUCUGCUUAACUGCUAGGUACAGUGUGUAAACCACAGAAAAGGAUAUUUUGCCCCAAAGUCUGGAGGUGCUCUCAGGUGUAAAAUGUGGGAAAUCGUUACUUGGUUCUGAUGGGUUAGGGACCGGGUGUUUGUUUUGUUUUCUUUUCCCGGUGAUGUUUGGCACCAUGAACGUACAUGUGUUUUGGGGUUAAAAAUCAUCGGUAAGGAGGGCAGAGCUGGGUUUCUGGCUGAUCGCCGGAUGGGUCUGAUUGGAGCAGUCAUUUCCUGGUAGGCACAAAAUAAUCACCAACCAUAGUGUUGUAUCUGUAAUGUUCGUCUGCUUUUUAAAAACAUCUAUUCUUGAUUUCUUACCCGGUAAACGUCAGUGCACUGAGGCCGGAUCAUUCCUUGAGCUGGCCCUACCCCUUGCCUUGUGGUCCCUUCUGUGAUGUGGAAGCACAAAGAAACUGAAGCUCAUGUCAUCUCCAGACCCCCCCCACCCCC